UGCUACUGCCCCCGCGCCGCCAUUCCAGUGCCCACGAGGUCGUAUAAAAGGUGCCGGUGCCUAGGGGAUGGUCACAGUCGCAGUCCGGCAGUCCCAAGCACACCACCACAGCACAAUGAAGGUCUUGUUGAUCGCCGCCCUCGUGGCCGUGGCCGCCGCCCGCCCCCAGGAGUACCACGACGACGUCUUCCACUUCUCCACCAAGGUGAACCACGAGAACCUGGCCCGCUCCUCCCUGGUGAGCUCCGUCCCCGUGCAGUCCCUGGUCGUCAAGUCCGUGCCCCAGUACCAGCAGCAGUACCAGCAGCAGUCCGUGCUCGUCAAGAGCGCCCCCGUCUACAGCCAGGUCCAGCACCACGUCGUCGAGCAGCCCUCCGUGCUGUUCCGCUCCGUUGAGCAGGAAGUGCCCGCCAUCAGCACCGUCCACACCCACGUGCACCAGCCCGCCGUCUACUCCCAGGUCUCCGCCGUCCAGCAGGUCGCCCCUGUUGUGUCCCGCGCCUCCUUCGUGCCCCAGGCCUCUUUCGUGCCCCAGUACCACGCUCACAGCGUCGUGGAGCCCAAGAUCAAGAUCCUGAAGCAGGUCCAGGAGUUCGACCCCGUCGGCAUCUACCGCGUCAACUACGAGACCGAAAACGGCAUCAACUCUGCCGAGCAGGGCACCGUUAAGGACACCCACGCCAAGGAGGGCCCCGUCGCCGCCAAGGAGGGCUCCUACUCCUACACCGGCCCUGACGGCGUCGUCUACACUGUCAACUGGGUUGCCGACGAGUUCGGUUACCGUGCCUCCGGCGCCCACCUGCCCGUCGCCCCCGCCGUCCCCGCCGAGAUCCAGCGCUCCCUGGAGCUCAUUGCCUCCCAGCCCCAGAAGUACGACGCCGAGGGCAACCUCGUCUACAAGCAGUUCUAAUGUGUCCCGUACCGCGUUUCUCCUGACGUCGUUCCUCGCUGCAUUUACAGGAUUGAUACGCUCGAUCUAGUUAGAAAUAUAAAAUAAGUAGGAAAAAAUGUUACCGAUUUCACGAGCUCGCAGACAUGUGGAAAGGGGCUGUCACCUCCCUCAGAUGACUUGAUUCAGAGUGGAGUAGGAAUCUUCGCUACCCCUUUUCUCUUGGAUUUGACGUGUGAAAGUGACUGAAGCUUUAAUUAAAGAACGCUAAUAUCAAGUUA